AUGUCACGAUUCGUCUCCGCAGGUACAGACGAGGCACCGACCGAAAGAGAUGAGGCAUGGCAAAAGGCACAGCAACAGAUAGAGGCAACAAAGCAGCCGAAGCUGCGACCUGGCGAGCAAGAGGGUGGGAAGUCGCUGUAUGAGACUCUGCAGGCCAACAAAGUCGCAAAACAAGAUGCCUUCGAAGACGCCUCUCGAUUGAGGAACCAAUUUCGAUCUCUCGAUGAAGAUGAGAUUGAAUUCCUGGAGUCUGUUAUGGAGUCGUCCAGAUCGAAGGAGGCCGAGGUGAAAAAGGACACGAAGGAGCAGCUUGAGGCUUUCAGGAAGCAGCAGGAAGACGCUGAAAAGGCUGCUCAGCAGGAUGAGGGCAGCGCAGAGGUUACUGAGACUACAUCGACCUGGUCUGUUGGGCCGCGAAAGCGGAAGAAAGAGCAAAAUGCAGGUUUCGGUGGAGUGAAGGUUAGGAGGACAUCUACAGCAAAGCAAGAGGAGCCUUCCACGACCAAUAAACCGAUACCACCGUCGAAAGGGGAGAAGAAUGUUGACUUGAAGCCGUCGCCGACCGUCCACAGCGCUAGUGAGAAGAAGGCGAACAUACCUGAGCCAGGCCAUGUUGCGUCCAGUCCAACCUCUGCUCGCAAGCCAUCAACGCCACCAGCCGCGACUUUGGGUCUCGGUGCAUACUCGUCUGACGAAGACGACUGA